AUGGACGAUCGAUCCGUACUGCACUACGAGCUCGGCUUCUAUGAGAAAAGUGGCAGUCACUGCUAUCGUGGCAGUCUCACGUUCGCUCUUCGCUACGACUUCAUUCAUCGUGUGCUGAUGCUGCACGUGAUUCGCGCGAACCAUCUGAAUGUUGAGGAGAAAGGUCGAACCGUUGAUCCGUAUGUAAAGAUGUACUUACUACCAGAAAGGAGGAAUCACUGCAAAACGCGGAUUUGCAAGAAGUCAUUAGAUCCAGAAUUCAACGAAAUGUUCUCAUUUGACGUUCCCUUCAAUAGCCUCUCUGGAAGGAUGUUACAGGAAAAGAAUGACUUCGGCGAUUUGUUAUUGUACUUAUUAUACUCCCGUAAUGAACAGAAACUUUAUGUGACAGUAGCGAAAGCAUACAAUCUCCGACCAAUGGAUAUAACUGGUGCAUCUGAUCCAUAUGUUAAAGUGGAGCAGAUAUAUAGAGGAAAACGGGUAAAGUUGCGGAAAUCGAGCUGUAAACGCGCCAAUCUAAAUCCCGUCUAUCACGAAACAUUAGAGUACGAUCUUCCAUUGAAUCAGGUGGCCGAGACGAACUUCCUUGUGCAAGUGAUGGAUUGGGACAGGAUAGGAAAGGACGAUCUACUCGGAUGCUGUGUGCUUGGGAAAGAUAGCCCAACGCCAGAGGGAAGACUCCAAUGGGAAAACUGUUUUCUUUCACUUUCUCAAAACGGUUCCAAUGACCAAAAACGGAAACCCAUUGGACAAUGGCAUAGCAUCUUGUCGGAUGUUCCUGAGCAGUUCAGAAACGUUCCAAAGGCCAAGAAAUAG